UCCAGUCCCAGCCCCAGCUCCAGCUCCAGCUCCGGCUCCGGUUCCAGCUCCGGCUCCAGCUCGGACUGCAGCGCCGGUGCGACGAUGAGCCGCUUCCCGCCACACACUGACCAGCCGCUCGGAGCCGCCCAACAAACAUCUCCCCAAGAGCCUGCAGACCCAGGAUGCCCGGUGGAAAAAGAGGGCUGGUGGCACCGCAGAAUACUUUUUUGGAAAACAUUGUCAGGCGAUCCAGCGAGACAAGCUUCUUACUUGGAAAUGCUCAGAUUGUAGACUGGCCCAUAGUGUACAGUAAUGAUGGAUUUUGCAAGUUAUCUGGAUACCAUCGUGCUGAAGUAAUGCAGAAAAGCAGUACCUGCAGUUUUAUGUAUGGUGACCUGACAGAUAAGAAGACCAUUGAGAAGGUCAGACAGACAUUUGACAACUAUGAAUCAAACUGCUUUGAAGUUCUUCUGUAUAAAAAGAACAGAACUCCAGUUUGGUUCUACAUGCAAAUUGCGCCCAUAAGAAAUGAAUAUGACAAGGUGGUUUUAUUUUUAUGCACUUUCAAAGACAUUACAGUAUUUAAACAACCCAUUGAAGAUGAGUCAACAAAAGGGUGGGCAAAAUUUGCUCGAUUGACAAGAGCGCUGACAAAUAGUCGAAGUGUUCUGCAGCAACUAACUCCAAUGAACAAGUCUGAUGGCGUCCAUAAACAUUCCCGUCUGGCAGAAGUUCUGCAGCUAGGAUCUGACAUUCUUCCUCAAUACAAACAAGAGGCUCCCAAGACUCCACCACACAUCAUUCUGCAUUACUGUGCAUUUAAAACGACCUGGGACUGGAUCAUCCUUAUUUUAACCUUCUACACUGCAAUUAUGGUUCCUUAUAAUGUGUCCUUCAGAACAAAACAGAACAACAUUGCUUGGCUAGUGCUGGACAGUGUAGUUGAUGUGAUCUUCUUGGUGGAUAUUGUCUUAAAUUUCCACACCACGUUUGUGGGUCCUGGAGGGGAAGUUAUAUCUGAUCCUAAACUAAUCAGAAUGAACUACCUGAAAACCUGGUUUGUGAUUGACCUACUGUCCUGUUUGCCAUAUGACAUCAUCAAUGCUUUUGAAAAUGUGGAUGAGGGGAUCAGCAGCCUGUUCAGUUCCCUGAAGGUUGUGCGCCUUUUAAGACUUGGCCGUGUUGCCAGGAAGCUGGACCAUUAUCUCGAAUAUGGUGCUGCCGUGCUGGUGCUGUUGGUGUGCGUUUUUGGAUUAGUGGCUCAUUGGCUUGCCUGCAUUUGGUACAGUAUCGGGGAUUACGAGGUCAUUGAUGAAGUCACCAACAGAAUAAAAACAGACAGCUGGCUCUAUCAACUGGGUCUAAGUAUUGGAACACCCUACCAUUUCAAUGCCAGUGGCACCGGACAGUGGGAAGGGGGACCCACAAAAGAUUCACUGUACAUAUCUUCCCUUUAUUUUACCAUGACCAGCCUUACCACAAUAGGAUUUGGCAACAUUGCUCCUACCACAGAUGGGGAGAAGAUAUUUUCUGUGGCUAUGAUGAUGGUUGGCUCUCUUCUUUAUGCAACUAUCUUUGGAAAUGUCACCACAAUCUUCCAGCAGAUGUAUGCUAACACCAAUCGCUACCAUGAAAUGGUAAACAACGUGCGUGAUUUUCUCAAACUUUACCAAGUUCCCAAAGGACUCAGUGAGCGAGUUAUGGAUUAUAUUGUGUCAACAUGGUCUAUGUCUAAAGGGAUCGACACAGAGAAGGUCCUUGCUAUAUGUCCAAAAGACAUGCGAGCUGAUAUCUGUGUUCAUCUGAAUCGAAAGGUGUUUAACGAACAUCCAGCAUUUCGGCUCGCUAGUGAUGGCUGCCUUAGAGCACUGGCUGUAGAGUUCCAAACGAUACACUGCGCUCCAGGAGACCUAAUCUAUCAUGCUGGAGAAAGUGUCGAUGCUCUCUGCUUUGUAGUUUCUGGAUCACUGGAGGUUAUCCAGGAUGACGAAGUUGUCGCUAUUCUAGGGAAGGGGGACGUGUUUGGGGAUAUAUUCUGGAAGGAGACCACACUUGCUCAUGCAUGUGCCAAUGUGAGGGCACUGACUUAUUGUGACCUGCAUAUAAUCCGUCGUGAAGCCUUGUUGAAAGUUCUAGAAUUCUAUACGCCAUUUGCAAAUUCUUUUUCACGAAACCUCAUAUUGACCUGCAAUCUGAGGAAAAGAAUCAUUUUUCGCAAAAUCCUUGAUGUGAAGAAAGAAGAGGAAGAACGGUUGAAGAAUGAAGGGACACUUAGUAUCCCAGUGGAUCAUCCUGUCAGGAAACUAUUCCAGAAGUUCAAGCAACAAAAGCAAUUGCGGAAUCAGGCAGCAGGUCACAGCAACUCAGACAGAAACCAUCCCCAAAUAGAGAACCACUCACUUCAUAAUGGAGCCUCCACCACUGGCACAAGUGUGGUGACAGUUUCUCAAAUCACACCAAUCUCAUCUUCCCUUUCCUUUGUGAGAAAUAAUGAGCAUCAGCCUCAGGUACACCACGAAACAGUCGAGUUGAAGCCAAAUGGAUUGAAUGACCAGCUGUGCUUGAAGGGCAAUAGUUCUAUCCAGACAAAGGCUGGAAAUGGAAAAGGAUGGCUAAGACUUAAAAGUUCCGUUGCCUUCACUGAUCCCUUUCCCGGAUCGAGAGAGGAGAAGAAAGAAAACUGGAACAAUGUCGUCAAAGCUGAAUCCAUGGAAAUUCUUUCAGAUGAAUCGAAAGGUCCUGAAUCAGAGAAUAAUGUCAUAAAGAAUCCUUUGAGGAAAACAGACUCUUGCGACAGCGGCAUUACGAAAAGUGACUUGCGAUUAGACAAGGCAGGUGAGAUCCGCAGUCCACUGGAGCAUAGCCCAGUUCAAGCUGAUGUCAGGCAUCCCUUUUACCCAAUUCCAGAGCAAGCUUUGCAGACCACGUUACAAGAGGCCAAAAUGGAACUGAAAGAAGACAUUCAGUCGUUAUGUAACAGGAUGAGUGGACUUGAGAAACAAGUGACAGAAAUCCUUCAAAUACUGUCUGAAAAGAACCUGACAGAAAUGUCUUCUGAGAAAUCUCAACGCUCCAGUCAGGAAAUGUUUCAUGUUUCUAGGCCCACAACUCCACUGUUGGAAGAAGAGGAUGCUCAGUUUUAGUUUAGAAAUUGUAAAGAUUUAAAAUUCACACAAGAGUUAACCAAAUGCACAAGAUGACUGCUUUGACAGUCUAAAGACUUUUGCAUGUCCAGCUGGAUUCUGGCCUGCCAAAGAAAAUUGUUAACAGAAAUAUUGCUUGUAAUUAUAUGGAUAACUGCAUGCACA